AACAUAACACUAGCGCAUUGUUGUUUAUGAAUUUUCAUACAUGUAUUUUAUUUUUAGUAGUUUCCUUCAUGUUUUAAAAAGUAUAAUAACUGAUACAUAACCUUAGAACCAUUGCAAUGUUUUGAUCAGUGGCGUGAAUAUCGAAGGAUGUAACAUGAUCUUUGAAGCAUACCUUGAGUACAUACCAACCAUUAUUGAUUUGUAUUGACAUAUCAUAUACUAGAAAGUGAAUGAGGGAUAUUUUACCUUAUUGGAUAACAGUGUAUUAACUGGAAAAAAGGAGAAUCGUUGCGGUUUAUCAUGGCUGUCAUUUAGUAAUGAUUACUGAUGCACAGCUGUAAAUUAUAAACACUCAGUAAGAGAAAACCUACUUACGAUGGAUCUGGACCUCGGUCCAGGGGUCGUUGAAUUCAACGCCCCAUUGCCAACGACGGAUUUUGAAAUGACGCCAACGGCGUCAGAAGAAACAGAAGGUUCGCCUAUUCAUAAAGGCGGAGACGGUGUUGAUUUGAAACCAAAAAGUGGUUGCUUGGAUUGUUUCAAACUAGAGUGGAGUUUACUUAAGUUCAAGUCAUUUUUCUUCUUCUUCGGGGGCGCUAUCGGUUCUGUUUUUCCGUAUUUUUCCGUGUAUUAUAAACAAAUAGGAUUAAGUCCCAAUCAAAUUGGGAUAAUAUCCGGACUUCGUCCAAUAAUCGGCUUUUUCAGUGGCCCCUUAUGGGGAUCCCUUGCUGACCGAUUCCGUGUGCGGCGUAUUAUGUUGUUCGUCAGUGCAUUAGGUUGGCUUGCAUUUAUUACUAGCAUUGGUUUUGUUCCGACGGCGAAAAUUUCAGACGCACAAUGUCCAUAUGUAAACGAUAUUUUAGGCAAGACGGAUAAUGCAACUAACAUCUCUACAAAACCGAACACGGAUGUUUCGCGUGAGGAUUUUAAUGAUCUGCACCGUUUACGUGUCGACGUCACAGCAGAGGAAAGCCUCAUGGAGUCACGUGGUUGGAUUUAUGACAGUACUGACCUGUACAGGGUUUACAUAACUAUAAUGAUACUCGUUGUACUCGGGGAACUCGUGCAGUCACCAUGUGGCGCUCUGGCGGACUCUGGAUGUAUCGAGACCUUAGGAAAUAAAGAUAUGCACAAGUACGGGCAUCAGAGAGCAUGGGGAUCACUUGGACUAGGAAUCAUGUCUGUAGUUGUUGGAGGAAUCAUAAGUACAAUGAGGCAGGAUAAAACUAUAUGUGGCGUGGAUGUUGUAUUCAGCAAUUAUCAUGUUGCAUUUUUCUUUUUUGCUGGAUGUAUGUUUUGUUGCACCGUCACAACAUUUUUCUUCAAAUUCCAGAAACAACAGGAUGACCAUAAUUGUUCAAAACCCAAACCGAACCCAUUCAAGGUGUUCCGAAUGUUUCUCACAAUACAUUAUGGUUCCUGGCUUCUGUGUAUGUUCUUCACGGGGAUCUGCAAUGGUGUCAUCUGGGGAUUUUUGUUCUGGCAUUUGGAAAAUAUAGGUGCAACACAACUAGUUCUAGGUUUAGCAAAUGGAGUGUGCCUGUUUUCGGAGAUGUGCAUGUUCCUCUUGGUAUUCCGUAUCUUGGAGAAGACAGGGUGUCUAGUAUUUAUGGCUCUUGGUCUCCUCGGAUACACAGUCAGAUUUAUUGUGUUUGCUGUGAUAGAUAAUCCGUGGCUCGUGCUGCCAUUUGAAAUUUUACAAGGUUUUACGUUUGCCGGUAUUUGGUCAGUGUUUACAAAAUAUUUAUGCGCCAAUGUACCAUCCGAAUACCUUGGAACAUUGCAAGGGUUUCUUCAUGGAGUUUACUGGGGUCUUGGGUCUGGAACAGGUCACAUGAUCGGUGGUAUCUCUGUAGAAACACUUGGCGCACGUGUAACAUUCUGGAUCUUCGCUGGUGCAUCGUUUUUCAAUUUGGCUCUAUUUUUAAUAGUGCAAAAGUGCACAACCAAGCCGAAUGUGUUCGGUAACUAUGAGGAACUGGAUGACAAGAAGACGUAGUGUGUUUUCCUGGAUGAAUAAAAACAAAUAUCAUAUAUUUUUGCAGUCGUACUUGAUGAUUUUAGCUCAGCUGAACACAAAAUGUUCGAGGUGAGCUGUUGUGAUCACUAAGUGUACGUCGUCCGUCUACACUUUUCUUCAAACGGCACUUCUCUGAAACCAGUAAGUGGAAGUUACUGAAACUUGGCUUGUUUUUUCUUGGUUGGUCCUGUACCAAGAUUGUUUAAAGAAUUCAUUCAAUGCAGAAUCCUGGUUACCAUGGCAACCAAACGCAAAAUUUAAAAGAAAAAUCUUGAGACCAAUAGUUUAGAUAUAGCAUUGUGUAAUGGUCCUCUACCAAAUUUGUUCAAAUAAUGAUUGGCCUCGCAUUGAGGUUCACUUGUAUUACACAGACUUAUAUAGAGAAAAAAAUUAAAAUCUUCCGGUAUAAAACCUCUAACCUGAGCUGAGGUAUUUUGCAUAGGGCUCUGUAUUGUGGUGCUUAACCAAGUUUGUUCAGAUCAUGCCUCAGGAUUUAAAUUGUUCCCACCCAAUAUUCACUUCUUUUAAAUAGACUUAUUUUAGAGUAAAACUUUAAAAACCUCCUUGUCUGAAGCUGCAAGACCCAGAGUAUGCAGCUUCGUGAUGUGAUCCUUUGCGAAGUCCAUUCAAAUCUUGUCCUUGGGGUCAAAAUUGGCCUCGCCCAUUGAGGUAACUUGUUUAACAUAUAAUAUGUCGCGAAUUGUCUCUUCAUUUUGUUGUUUAAGGGGAUAAUUAUUUGACAAAUAAUCAUUUUGUUUAAAUCUCUUUUGAUUUGUUUAUUGUACUAUUUUUGAUAACACAGCAGACAAUCCACAUUACAUUGUACGAAACAACGUAAUUUUAAAAUUCUUUGCCUUUAGUUAUAAAGUAAAGCUAGUAUUUGAAUUUCUUCCGCUGGAUAUUCAAGACAACAAGGCGAAUAAAUCCAGCUGUAUUUAAUCCUCCUUUCUUUCUUUUUGUUGUGGUAUUUUUCAAAAUUUACAGUCACCAAAUCAUUUAUCAAUGAAAUGAUCUUAUUACAUAUUCUAACACGACCAGCAAAUAACCUACAAAAAAAAAAACAUAUAUGUAGAGCAAAAUCUAUCUCGGGUUAUUUUGCGAUAAACCACUCGCGUGCAAUGACAUCAUCCGAUCCAGGUGCGUAGCACGGUCGUAAAAAGUAGUUACCAUUUUUUCUAACACUGUUGAUACUAGUAUGUCGUGUUAGAAUCGAAAUAAUAAGUUCGCAAGUGUGAUUUACCGUAGAAUAACCCGAAUGUUUCGUUCUUAUUCUUAUGCGAAACAAUAUAUCACUCAGGCCUACGGCCUUCAUGAUAUAUUCUUACGCAUAAGAACUCAAAACUCGGGUUAUUCUACGAUAAACCACGUUUGGGAACUUAUUAUUUCUUAAAUAAACAAAUCGUUGAUUUCUGACAUCUAGGCAUAUAAAAUGUAAACGUAAUAAUUAACGAAUACAACAGCGUUACUGUAGCAGUGUAUAGGAAAGUCAUAAAAAGUGAGCUUAACAUUGUGGACAGUUUUGUACAUGUAAUUUGGAUGCAUGAUUGUCAAAAUGAUCUGUAAGAUCUUUUGUUUAACAUGUUUGUAUAAGUCUUCGAAAAUAUCUAAACAGAUCAAUUACAAACAAUAUUUACAAACGUUUACUGCCUAAUAUAUAGACUUGUAUAAUAAAACUUUAAACAUCUUCCUGUAUGAAACCUCAAGGCUUAGAUCUUAGAUAUUUGGCAUAUAGCAUUGUGUAGAGGUCCUCUGUCAACAAGUCAUGUAUGUAUUUAAGUCAGGUGAGCGAUAUAGGACCAUGAUGGUCCUCUUGUUACUUAAUGUUAUAUGUUUAUUAGUUUCCUGUAUCAUGGUCACGUCUUUCAAGAUCUCAUUUUCUGUGAUCUUUAAUUGUUGUUUCGUUUUCAGUUACUGGUUACUGUAGAUUUUUAGGUGAACAGAGUUAAAUAAAACAAUAUAUGAGCCGCACCAUGGGAAAACCAACAUUGUGCGUUUGCGACCAGCAUGGAUCCAGACCAGCCUGCGGUCAGGAUCCAAGCUGUUCGCUAAUGGUUUCUCUCAUUGCAAAAUGCUUUAAAAGCGAACAGCAUGGAUCCUGACCAGACUGCGCGGAUGCGCAGGCUGGUCUGGAUCCAUGCUGGUCGCAAACGCACUAUGUUGGUUUUCUCAUGGCGCGGCUCAUAUAUAAUUUUACAACCUAGGAAUUCAUUUUGUAUAGUUACUAGUUACAGUAUGAGCUAGAUUAAUAAAAUAUUAAAAUCAUUUAAUUGAAGAAAAAAAUGAAAAAUAUAUUUUAAUGAUUUAAACAGAAUUGAUGGCAAAAACAUUCUUAGCCAUUCUCUGAGCAAGAGAAUAAUAACUACAGUAUCGAAAUUGGCAAUGAUUUGAACCAGAUGAAUGGUCUGGCUGCAUAUGUGUCAUAACUUAAGAUGUCAAAAAAAAGUCUGUACUUGUUCAAAUCCCAGCAAUCAUGAUUUAAAAGAUUUUUUUCUCGAAAUCAUACUUGUAGUGUUUGCAGUUUUUUUUAUAUUUACAAAUUUUAAUUGGAGAUGGACUGUUUUCUCAUUUUGAAUAGGAGGGAGGAAGAGGGGCUAUGAGCAUGUAAGAUGAAAACUUAGAAUAAUAAUUUUGAAUAACAUGAUAAAUUGAUAAGAGGACUAUGAAACGCUCAAGGGGUGCAAUGGAGAGUUAGGGUUGGUGCCUUUGUAACUGGAAAGGGUCCAUGGGGAGUUGGAUGGCAGGGUUGGUACUAAAAACUUUUAGGAGUUCAAACACAAUAAAUUGCAAUAGACAGAACCAUAAAAGUGCAUUCUAAAUUACCAAAUCAAUUCUUAUUUGAGGUUUUAAUAUAGUACGGACUGUAGUUAAGUAGACAUAGUGAAACUAAGACUUUUAUCUGAAAGCAUCGCGACGCCUUUGCACACCCAGGGGUGUACAGUACAUUGUACUUUAAAAGUCGAGCUACAAACUUAAAAUACAUCUAAUACUGACAUUUAUUAAAUGUAUAAUUUUUAGAUAUGUUUUCGAACAACAAUUAAACCAUGUUUGGUAAAGACAUCCAAUUUAUUUGUCUCGCUGAACAAUACCUGAAGAAAAUGCUUUAUUAUAAAAAAAAAACGGUCGUUUUAACGUAGUUAGUCUUUAAGCAUUUAUAUCUAUGAACUGUAUAAUAAAAGAAACAUACAGUUUAUUAUAUUAAAUGUCAUUGUUCUGAUGACAAAUUCCACAGAUAUACAUUUUCUCUUCUGUAAUAAAGAGUGUUCGGUCUUC